GCCACGAGCGCCGCCGCCGACGCCGCGCCGCGCCGCGCCGCACUCGAUGCUCCCGCAGAGACAGACGGCGCCGGAACAUCGCCUCCCAAGCCACCGCGCACAUCCAUACCAAACCCCGCCUCCGGCUCGUUCGCGGCCGCCUGAAGCUUCGCCGCGCCGCGCACGGCGCUUCCGGCUCCCGUCCCUUGAGCCGUCGGUUUACAGCAGCCUCCUCCGGCGCGCCUCGCGGACCCGGUCGCUGGCGCUGGCCAGGCUCGCGCAUUCUCACAUGCUCCGCGCCGGCUGGCGCCCGGGCCUGUUCCUGCGCAACAACCUGCUCGCCGCCUACUCCCGAUGCGGCGACAUGCGGCACGCGCGCCUCCUGUUCGACGGAAUGCGGAACCGGGACGCUGUCUCCUGGAACACGCUCAUCGCCGGUUACUCCAGCCAGGGCUCCGCGCGCCUGGCGCUCAGCACGUUCCGGGACGCACGGCGCGAUGGCACCGUCGCUGUGGAUAGGUUCACCUAUGCCACGGUGCUGGCCGCAUGCGGCGGCGCAAGGGACGGUAGGAGCGGGCGGGCCGCACAUGGGCUGGCCGUGGUGAGCGGGCUUGCACAGACUGCUUUCGUGACUAACUCGGUGAUCGACAUGUAUGCCAAGUGCGGGAUGAUUGAUGAGGUGAGGCUGGUGUUUGAUCGGGCACAGGAGCGGGAUGAGGUUUCGUGGAACAUGCUGCUGUCGGCGUAUGUGCGGAUGGGCUGGCCAGAGGUGGCGGUGAAUGUGCUCGUCUGGAUGCACCGGUCAGGGGUGAAGCUGGAUGCUUUCGCUCUGGGUGGGAUCCUGAAGGCUUGCUCUGAGCUCGAGGAUUCGGAGGAUGUUCGCAUGAUGCUGCAUGGUUGUGUGGUUAAGGUUGGUCUGGACUUGGAUGUGUUCGUAGGGAGUGCCAUGGUGGACACCUAUGCAAAGAACGGUGGGUUGGAGGAGGCCAUCAAGGUGUUUGAUUGCAUUCCAGGCCAGAAUGUGGUGAUUUACAAUGCCAUGAUAGCAGGGUUUGCUAGGUUAGGUAACGAGCCAUGUCCUGAGACUAGAAUUGAAGCAGUCAGGCUUUAUGCAAAUUUGCUCCAGAAGAGGAUAAGACCCUCUAAGUUUACAUUCAAGAGUGUGCUUGAAGUCUGCAAUUUGACCAAUGCUGUGCGAUGUGGGAGGCAGAUACAUGCCCAUGUUAUCCUCAGUGGGUUCGAAGAUGACGAGUUCAUUGGAAAUGCACUGAUUAAUCUAUAUGCAAAAGCACAGUUAGUUGAUGAUAGUCUGAGAUGCUUCCAUAGGACUCCCAAGCAAGAGAUUUUUACAUGGACAUCUAUGAUUACAGCAUUUGUGCAGGAUGGGCAUUCUGUUAAGGCGCUCGACUUGUUCAGAGAGCUUAUUUACCUGGAAAAGGAGCCAGACCAAUUCACCAUGUCAGGUGUGAUGAAUGCCUGUGCUGCUCUGAGUGUACCCAUAACAUGUGAGCAGAUACACUGUUAUGCAGUCAAAUCUGGAUUUGGUCAGUUCACUCUUUGUGGCAAUUCUCAGAUUGAGAUGUAUAGGUGUACAGGUGAUCUUAAGGCUGCAAAGAAGACAUUUGAGAAAAUAUCAUGUCUGGAUACUUUCUCGUGGUCUCAAAUGAUUUUGAGCUAUGCAGUCCAUGGUCAUGAAAGAGAGGCUCUACUGCUCUUCAGGAAAAUGUUCGAUUGUUGUGUCAUAGUAAAUAAGUUCGCAUUUCUUGCUGUCCUUAUUGCUUGCAGCCAUCAGGGACUGGUAGAUGAAGGUUUCAGGCAUUAUGAGAGCAUGGUGUUAGAUUAUGGCUUUGUCCCGGAUGUGAAUCAUAUAGCUUGCAUGGUUGACCUCCUAGGCCAUGUUGGGAAGGUGUCUGAUGCUGAAGAUUUCAUAAUGAGGUCUGGAUUAGAAAACGAUGCAGUACUUUGGCAUGCGCUAUUGCGUGCCUGCAGAAUCCAUGGGGACAAAAAUAGGGGUGUAAAAAUAGCAGAGAAACUAAUGAUGCUUGAACCUUAUGCUGCUAGUUCUUAUGUCAUGCUGUACAACUUAUACAUGGAUGCUGGCAAAAUCUCACUUGCUAUGCGGACAAGAGGCCAGAUGAGAGAGCGUGGAAUGACCAAGGAGGCUGGGAUUAGUUGGGCCGAGUUUGGAGGAUCAAUCCAUCAAUUUGUUGAUGGAGAUAAUUCUUGCUCACAGAAACCUGAAAUUUUCACAAGGUUGGAAGAGUUGUUGGUUAGGGUGAAACAGAAGACUGAGAAUGGUGGAAUGAAUGUUUGGGAGUUGGGAUUCCAAGCCAGAAAGAUUGGUGAGAACUCAAUCAGCAAACAUGGUGAAUUGUUGGCGGUCGCUCUUGGGCUGUCUACUUCGCCAAACACUGCUCCUGUAAGAGUUAUGAAGAACCAAAACAUGUCCUUGGAAAGCCAUGAGACGCUGAAGCUGCUGUCAGAAGGGGAAAACAGGGAAAUCAUUAUCAGAGAUCCAGCUCGCUUUCAUCAUUUUAGUCAAGGUUCGUGCUCUUGCCGAGACUACUGGUAACCAGGAGCCAUAUAUGUCUCCUCUGGAGUAAGAUACUUUGGAGUUUGGACAGGUAAAGUGCGACUGGAAGAACUGAAUAUGCAAGCAAAUCAAGCCUACUUGCUAGCCAUCUGACCCAAUUGGUUGGGUAAGAUGACAUGAUUGCAGUGAAAAAUAACAUGUGGUUACAGUCCACUCAGCAGAAGAUGAAUGUGGUUGAUGAUGUGCACCUCCAGAGCCUUAUUGCUUCAUGAUAAACAACCAUCAAGGAAGGUGCUGCUGGAGAUGUGAAAGUAGACUGCGUCUCACUAUUCAUUUAUUCAACUAGAUGAAGUAACAGGAAUAUCUCUUGUUAUUUGAUAGCUGGAUGUGGUGGGCAGAAUAGCUACUGUUACUUGGCUAUGGUGGACAGUAGACUAGCAGUUCAGCGCACCUCAGAGCUUCAUGUGAAGCACCUGAUAGUCCAGUGGAUGCUCUGCCUUGGCCCACGUAUGCCAUAGAAACUGAGAAGAAGCAGAUACCUGACAUCUUACAUUUUGAAGCUGAAGAUAUUUCUGUUUUUUUUUUGUCCCACAGCCUGGCGGUAGGGUCCCUCAUUUAGGCUCACUGAUUUCUAUAGAAGAAGUAGGCAUAAUUACAGCUGAUACAUGUAUAUACACAUUUCUGAUCUGUUUAUGAAGUUUUCUAGUUGGCAGAGUGUAUAUAAUACUAGGAAAAUGUCAGCAUUUGCAACA